AUGUCGGCUGAACAGGGACAAUUGGAGUCCGGUCCGAUGGUAGACUCCCGCAUAGCGGUGGUUCAGAUGCCGUCGCAGGCCCAGAGUCACGGACCGGAAGAUGACUGGACAGGGAUCGUUGACCCGAAGGAACGACGGAGAUUACAGAAUCGGUUGAAUCAGCGGGCUCUGAGAAAUCGAAGGAAGAUAUCUAAGGACCCCAGUGGAGCAGGGGCCAGAGGCAAUUCUCCGCAGGAGUCAUCGCACGAAUCAGUCUCUUCGGAUCAUACAAGCCCUGCUCAUAUGGCUGUUGGGCAGACCCCCCACAGAGACUGCAAGAACGCACCCCGCAACAUCCACGAAUUGAUGCUCGAGGUGCAGAACCAGACGCUGCGGAAUCAUCGGCUCGGGACCCCUAAUAUAAACGAUCUAGCCACGAUAAGCAAGCUGAACAUGAAACGCGCCAUGAUGGACAAUAUUGUCGUGGUGGGAAUGACCAUGGCGUGGGUGGCGGAUGAUGACUCGGUUUCCAUCUUCAGUAUGACACGCCCGGGGUUUCCAGACCACACGAUUCCCGAGAGUCUGCGCCCAACCGAGCUGCAGCGAACGAAGCCCCAUCAUCCAUGGCUGGAUAUCUUCCCUUUCCCACAGAUCCGGGAUAAUCUGAUCACCGCGCAGGAUGACUUCGAUGACGAGGAGCUUUGCCAUGAUCUGAUGGCGUUCUGGGAUCCGGGAAACUCAGAAGCUGCAGUACUGAUCUGGGGGAGUCCGUGGGACCCGAGAAACUGGGAGGUGACGGAAGCUUUCGUGAGGAAAUGGGGUUGGGUGCUAAACGGAUGCUUGGAGAUUCAAGAAUCAUCGAACCGGUGGAGACGGAUGCGAGGUGAAAGGCACUUGUGA